AUGUUUUCAGGUCCCAAUCCUUUUGAUAAAUAUUUGAAAACAUUAGAAGUGAAUGGAAAGACGUAUACAUAUUAUGAUAUUUCUCAACUUGCAUCCACUUUUGAACAUUUGCCUUUCUCCAUAAGAAUUCUAUUAGAAUCAGCCGUUAGAAAUUGUGACAACUUUGCGAUCAAAGAAGCGGACGUAACACAUAUUUUAGAUUGGGAAAAAAAUCAAAAUGUUCAAGGUGGUAUCGAAAUACCUUUCAGACCUGCUAGAGUUAUUCUUCAGGAUUUUACUGGUGUACCUGCCGUAGUGGAUUUUGCAGCUAUGCGAAACGCCAUCAAGGAUCUGGGAUCGGAUCCACAAAAAAUCAAUCCAAUAUGUCCCGUGGAUUUGGUUAUCGACCAUUCCGUCCAAGUAGAUUUUGCUAGAUCUAAGGACGCUUUGAAAAAAAAUCAAGAUAUGGAAUUUAUACGUAAUAAAGAGAGAUUCGAGUUUUUGAAGUGGGGAGCAAAAGCUUUCAAUAACAUGAUAAUAUUUCCCCCAGGAAGUGGAAUUGUUCACCAAAUCAAUUUGGAAUUCUUAGCUCGAGUAGUAUUUGUCGAUGCUAAGGGUACUUUAUAUCCAGACUCUGUGGUUGGCACCGAUUCUCAUACCACCAUGAUCAACGGCUUAGGCGUCCUGGGCUGGGGUGUGGGAGGUAUUGAAGCCGAAGCUGUCAUGUUAGGUCAAUCGAUUAGCAUGUUAUUACCCAAAGUUGUUGGUUAUAAACUAUACGGUAAAUUGAAUGAAUACGUCACUUCCACUGAUCUCGUACUUACGAUAACGAAGCACUUACGUCAACUUGGAGUUGUUGGAAAGUUUGUUGAAUUUUACGGACCAGGUGUAGCUGUUUUAUCUAUAGCCGAUAGGGCUACUAUCGCCAAUAUGUGUCCCGAAUACGGAGCCACCGUAGGAUAUUUUCCAAUAGACGAAAUUUGUUUGGAAUAUUUGAGAAAAACAAAUCGUUCAGAGGAACAAGUAAAAGUUAUCGAGGCUUAUCUAAAAGCGACAAACCAACUUAGAAACUAUACUUCAGAAUCACAAGAGCCGAUUUUUAGCAAAAAAGAAGGGUUAGAUUUAUCUACAGUGGAGCCUUCAGUGAGUGGACCCAAAAGACCGAAUGAUCGAGUUUCUGUUAAAGAUAUGAAGCAAGAUUUCUUGAACUGUCUUCCUAACAAGACGGGAUUCAAAGGUUUUGGUAUUCCUAAUGAGAAACUUAACACUGCCGUUAAAUUUACGUACGAAGGCGCCGAAUACACAUUACGUCAUGGAAGUGUCGUGAUAGGUGCAAUUACAUCUUGUACAAACACUAGCAAUCCAAGCGUGAUGAUUGGUGGUGGUUUGCUCGCUAAAAAUGCUGUAAACGCCGGCUUAACUGUCGCUCCUUACAUUAAAACUAGCUUAUCACCCGGAUCUGCCGUGGUUACUAAUUAUUUGAAAGAUUCCGAUGUAAUGUCUUCAUUGGAGAAGUUAGGAUUUGCUGUUGUGGGUUAUGGUUGUAUGACUUGUAUCGGUAAUAGCGGAUCCAUAGAUGAAAAUAUAGUAAAUGCCAUUGAAGAAAACGAUCUCGUUUGCUGCGGUGUGUUAUCCGGAAAUCGAAAUUUCGAAGGUCGUAUACAUCCGAAUACAAGAGCCAAUUAUUUAUGUAGUCCCCUUUUGGUAAUAGCUUAUUCGAUAGCGGGUAGAGUCGAUAUCGAUUUUGAGAAAGAACCUCUUGGAAAAGGAUCGGAUGGAAAAGAUAUUUAUUUGAGGGACAUAAUACCUACCAGGAAAGAUAUCCUAGAUAUCGAACACAAAUUUGUCACUCCGGCUAUAUUCAAAGAGGUGUACGGAAAAAUAGAAAAAGGUUCAAAUAAUUGGAGAAAAUUGGAUGCACCCACUGGUGAUUUAUAUCCAUGGUCGAGUGCUUCUACUUAUAUAAAAAAACCACCAUUUUUCGAGGGUAUGACGUUAAAACCACCUGAAAGUAAACCUAUACAGAAUGCUAGGGUACUACUUUUAUUGGGGGAUUCUGUUACCACGGAUCAUAUUAGUCCCGCUGGAUCUAUUGGGAGAAAAAGUCCUGCUGCAAGAUAUUUGGCUCAUCGAGGAUUGGCUCCAAAAGAAUUUAAUACGUAUGGAUCUCGAAGGGGAAACGAUGACGUGAUGUCGAGAGGUACUUUCGCCAAUAUCAGAUUGGUUAAUCAGUUUAUGUCAAAACCUGGACCUAGAACUAUUUAUUUGCCAACUAAUGAAGAAAUGGAUGUUUUUGACGCUGCUCAAAGUUAUAUGAAAAAUCAAAUACCUCUCAUAAUCAUUGCAGGUAAAGAUUAUGGAUCUGGUUCUAGUAGAGAUUGGGCUGCAAAAGGACCAUACUUACUGGGUGUCCGAGCAGUUAUCGCAGAAUCUUUCGAACGUAUCCAUCGAUCGAAUUUAGUAGGAAUGGGCAUUAUACCUUUCCAAUUUCUUCCCGAACAAGGCGCCAAACAGCUCGGUUUAACAGGCAAAGAAACUUACACGUUUGAUUUUCCUUCAGUUCCAAAGCCAGGUCAAAAUAUCAAAGUAUCUACGGACGCGGAAAAGAUCUUCGAAGUGAUGUUGAGAUUCGAUACCGAAAUCGAUCUUUUAUACUACAAACAUGGAGGCAUUUUGAAUUAUAUGGUUAGAAAGAUGUCUACUAAAUAA